AUGGCAAUGGCAACUUCUGAUAUGAGGAAGUCACCACAGCUUAGUAAAAUUAAAUUGAAAGUCGUCAAUAGUGCAGUUACUGCUAGUGAUUCUGAUGCUAGCAUAGAUACAAACAGUUUGAGUGCUGAAAGUGCUACAGAACAAAACCACCCCCCAAGAAAUGAGAAAAGAAGGAAGAAGAAUAGAAGGGGCUCUGAAUGGGAGAUCAUGGAAGGACUGAAAGAUGGCCAGAGGUUUGAUAAUAAGCCAAACCCCUUCACAGGAUAUCUUCAUAAAAAGAGGAAAUGGCCUUUGAAAGGGUGGCAUAAGAGAUACUUCAUGAUCGACAAAGGGAUUCUAGUGUACGGUAAAGGGCCCGCGGAAAUCAACAAAGGCAAAAUCCACGGCACCCUGGACAUUGGCCUCUCCGUAAUUUCCACCAAGCAGAAGAGGCGACGCAUCGACAUCGACGCUGAAGAGUUCAUCUACCACCUGAAGGCCAAGCCCGAGGAGACCUUCAGUAGCUGGGUGGAACAGUUGACAGCUCACAGGCUGUACAGGCAGCAUGUUUUGACGUACGGGGCCAAUGUGGGGGCCCUACUCAAAGCGGUAGACGGAUUACACAAUAUAUCAAGGACUCCUGAGAUAUUGAGUCGCGACGGCAGCUUGACUAGGGGGUUGCAGCCCCCUAGCGGGGGCAGGAGGCUUUCUAUAUGGGUGCAAGAAACUGCUACAAGCUUGGAACAAUAUCAGCAUGACGCUGCCAUCAUUGAACAGAACAUUGGCAAACUCUCCAGGCUCUUGCAACAGAUAGAAAGCAGUAAUCCUAUUGUAACAGAGUGUAUUACUGAAGCUCUAUCGCCAAGUGUUAAGAAAGACAGGAGGAAAUUCGGCCUGAAGAAGAAAAAAUCUGCUUCUUCUAAGGGCGGCAGCGUAGAUUUGACUAUCCAGUUUAGCGGCAGUAAAUCUGUUACUGGCACUGAUGCUGACAAUCCUUCCCCUUUAUCUAAUGCUUUGAGCACCACCAAUUUGCCUGUUCCCGCCAGUGUCACCCCCACCCCUGACAGCUUGAGCAAUGUCGAUGUGAUUUCAUUAUCGGCCGAGAACCAGAUGAGAGAGGAUUUCAUAACCUUAGCCAAACAAAUAAUAGGUAGCUUGAAGACGCUGACAUUCGGUCUGGGCACCGAAAGAGACAGACUGAAGACGGCCAUCGAGACAGAAGCGCAAGCGCCCCCUAAUAAUUCGGAUCUUAGAAGUAGGCUUACGAGGAUACACGAAGCCUCCGAUCUAACGGAGAUGUCUCAGCUUGAACAUCUGUCAGAAAACAAUCACUCGCAGAAACUCUACAACGCGUCGCUCAGCUACAGCUCAUCCUGUAUCAGCGCCACGGAGUUCUUCGACGCCGAAGACCUGCCCGGCGACAGGCCGGCCGCCCACGCGCAUAUAGGAGGCGGGGCCGCCGGCAGAGAGGAGGAGUCUGAUAUGCGCGCGCGCUCCAAGGACUUGUCGCUCGAGUACUCGCGCGGCGUGGGCGAGGCUUCCGGCGGGGAGGGGGCGUAUCCGCGCGGCGGCAAAGAGGAGGAGUCCGAGGUGCGCACUCGGUCGGAGAGCAGCUCGGAGGCAGGCAGUUUGAGCAGCGGCGAGGGCAGCGUGAGUAGCGAGUCGGAGCUGGGGGACGAGCUGCAUUCGGCUAACAGCAUCGACGUCGGGGAGACUCAAGGGCUGACGGGCCGCCGGACGGUCCUGCCCUGUCCCCGGCCCCCCACCGAGGGCCUCUCGCUGUGGAACCUGCUCAGCCGCAACAUCGGCAAAGACCUAUCGCAGAUCAGCAUGCCGGUGGCCUUGAACGAACCGCUCAACGUGCUGCAGCGCCUGUGCGAGGAACUGGAGUACUCGGAGCUGCUCGACAGAGCGGCAACAUUGGACGAUCCCUACGAGAGAAUGGUGGAGAUUGCGGCGUUUGCUGUUUCGGGGUACGCGAGCACACUCAGUCGGGCAGGGAAUAAGCCCUUCAACCCUCUGCUAGGCGAAACGUUCGAAUGCACGCGAGAAGACAAGGGCUUCCGUUUCAUCGCCGAGCAAGUGUCCCACCAUCCCCCGAUCAGCGCCUGCCACGCCGAGAGCCCCAACUUCACCUUCUGGCAGGACGCGCGCGUCAAAACGAAGUUCUGGGGCAAGAGCAUGGAGUUCCAGCCGCUGGGCCAGGUACACGUGCUGCUGCCCAGGACGGGCGAUCUGUACACGUGGAACAAGGUGACCACGUGCGUUCACAACUUGUUCAGCGGGCAGCGGUGGGUAGACCAGUACGGAGAGCUGAAAAUCACUAACGGGAGGAUAACUUGUAAGCUGACGUUCUCGAAGGCUAGCUAUUGGUCGGCCAAGAGGCACGAGGUGGUGGGCGCGGUGUACGACGAAUCGGGCCGCCCCGUCCGCCCGCUCUUCGGCAAAUGGUCGGAGUCUCUGUACGCCGGCCACGCCCCUUCUGCGCGGUGCGUGUGGCGCGCCGGCACGCUGCCGCCCGACCACGAGCGCUACUACGGCUUCACGCGCUUCGCCGUCGAGCUGAACGAGCUGGGCCAGGAGGCGGGGCUGCUGCCGCCCACCGAUACGCGGUUGCGUCCCGACCAACGGGCGCUGGAGGAGGGGGAUCUGGAGGGGGCGGAGGCGAGCAAGAUGCGGCUGGAGGGGAUGCAGAGGGACAGGCGGAAGCGCAGAGAGGAACUGAACAUGAGCUACGAGCCCAAGUGGUUCUCCUGUCCCCAAGACGAUACGUGGCAAUACAACGGCAAGUAUUGGGACACGAGGAAGAGCCCCGGUUUCUCCAACAUGCACUUCGAGUCGCUGUGGUGA